CCUUACGACGACGGGCCAGAAUGAAGCAAAGAAGUUAGCUGCUGCGUUGCUUACAAAGCUCGGCUUUGUGCAUAUGGCUUCAGCAGCCCGUGUCCUAAUAGGAUGCUUCGUGCUCCUGGCGGCAGCGAACCCAGGAAGCGCGCUGGAACCUGUACGCGAAGGCAUGCCAAUAUUGCCAGAUAACCUGUUCCCAUCCCCGGUUUGCACCGGCUUUGGCGUUCUGGGCAUGCCAACAAUCUGCAAUUUAAGGGACGGCGCCACCUUUGCGCCGGCGCUCCCCCUCCUCACACACAACCUGACCGCCAACACCACCCUCACCGGCCUCCCUGAAUUACCUUGGCCACACGCCGGCGGGUAUCUGGGCGGCGCCCCCGGCUGGCCCCGACUGCAGCUCUGGUCGCCACCCGCGUCCCACGCUGUGUGGCCCUUCAUCCGUGUCCCCGCCGGCCUGCGGCUGAUGCUGCAAGGCCUCACACUCACCUCCUACCCGCCCUACGCCAACCGAACCGCCUUCAGCAGCCUACUGAUACCGGACGACUUGACGCGCGCGGCGCUGCUACCGGCGGUGCUGGCGCUGGUGCGGCCCGAGAGCGAUGUGCUGCCGGGCGGCGUAGCGGCACGAGAGGCGCCAACGCCGGGUGGCGAGCUGGCGCUGGUCAACGUGACCGCACAGCUGCCCGAUUGCGAGGUGUGGGAGGAGCUGCGGCUGCAGCUGUGCCGCGGGCAGCCCAGUGACAAUGUGCAGGUGUUCUCUAACCUCAUCCACAUAAAGUCGUUCAGUUACCGCGGCCUGAUCGCGGCCGACGUCUUCCUCACCUGCAUCAACACCUCCUCCGCGCCCUGGGCGGGCCGACAGCUGGCCUGGCCGCCGCCGCCGCCCUCGCCGCCGCCGCCCAUGUACAGGUCAUGGCUGCCCAUACGCAGCGGCUGCGCCGCCACUGUACGCUCCGCUUCUGACCUGGCGACGGUCAUUGAUAUGGCCGACCAGGAGCAGCUGCCAACGUACGAUGUUGAGCAGGACGAUCCAGUGUUCGCGAUCCGGAUCCAGGGCGUCGUACGGCUAUCGGAUCUGGUUGCGCCGCAGCAGUCACGCGGGGGCCAGACGGGCCUGCUGGAGAACGGCGCGCUCCCCGUGCGGCGUGCCUACCAGCUAUGGGGCCCCGACACUGGUGGCGCUACUCUGAUGGACAGCAGCAGCAGCAGCACUAGGGCCCAUCUUGACAUGGGGGGGCUGCCUCGGCCCUUCGCGCUACAGCUGCCCAACCCGCCGCCCAACCGGGUGGACGGCCUGCGACGGCUGGAGCUGCGGCUCACCGGCCUGACCCUGUCGGGUCUGGCGGCGGGCGACCCCAGCACCAUCCCGCACGGGCUCCUGACGGCCGUGGGCUGGGCGCUCGGCAUCAACACGGCCAUCGUCGAGCGGGGCCAGAGCCAGGCCGCCCCCGCCCGGCUGAUACUGCAGGACUGUGUGGUGGUGGUGAGCGCCGACGAGCUGGCCUACUGGCGCGCCGCGGCGGGGCUGCCGCCGCGGCUGGCGGGCUCGCAGACCGGCGGGAGCGGUGGAGCAGGCGUCAGGGGUGGAGAGGGUGCGGUGCUGCUGAGUGGAGCCAGCGCGCGGCAGUGGGGCGGCUGGCUCAACUCAUCCAUCGACCUCGAGGUGGACGCCGUCUCCCUCAAUGGCAGCAGCAGCCUGGACAGCCUGACGCUGCGGUACUUGGACUACCCAGCGCUGGCCUUCCCCACCAUCAUGUUCAGAAACAUCACCCUAGUCACCGCCGCCGCCGACCCAUCCGAGGCGCCGCCCACCACCACCUCCCAGCCUGCUGGCAGCCCCAGCGGCAGCAACAGCACCAGUAACAGUAGUAGCAGCACCGGGGAGGCCGGCAGCGGCAGUAGCAGCGCCGAGCAGGGCGCUACGGCCUGGGAGCCGCUGUGGCCGGGCGCUGCUGAUGGUUGGCUGCUGCGGCUAGCGGCGCCGCCGGAGGCAGUACUGGCGGAGGCGGCGGGCGCUGCUACAGCCGAUGUGGAGGGCGCGGCCCGGGCUGCUACUGCCGCAGGCUGGUCCACGCUGCCGCUGUCGCACGUGCCGAGCAUGCAGGGAUUCAUUCCCGCGGCCGCGUGGACGACUGCCUUUGCCGCAUUCGUGAAGGACCCUAGUUACCUAGACGACGGCAGUCUUCCGUCGCCGCCGCCCUCGCCGCUGCCGGCGUCGGCACCGCCCACCCUGCCAGGCGCGGUCAGCCUCACCCUCACAGGAGCAGGUACUGCGACACCAGUAGCGGCAGCCGGCAGCUCUCAACCCGUUUUCAUCCAGGAUUCUGCGCUUAUUCGGAUGCUGGGUGGCAAGGACGGGGCAGUGGGUGAGAAGUCACUGCCGCCCGCAGAGCCGCCCCUGCCGCCCGAUGCGCCUCGGGGCAACGGCGGCAUAGUCCCUGGCGGCGGCGGGGGCUUUACAGGCGGCGGCAUCAAUGCAGGCGCUGGCCUUAGGCGGCGACAGCUGCUGCAGCGGUUGCGUCAGCGGUUGCGUCAGCUGCAGUGGCAACAGCAGCCAAUGUACCCCGGGUGGCGCCAGCGGAGAACGCUGCUAGGGGGCGGAGUGGGCAGCGGCGGUGCCGACGGGGGAGGAGGGGAUCAGGCAGGCGGGUUCCAGUCGCUCAGCGUGCCUGGCAACGUCAGCCUGUUUGGGCACCCCUGGUUCCCAACCAUUCUGGAUCUUUCAGACAUGGUGGCGGGACUGCAACUGAUCAACGGCAGUUCGGUUGCUUUGCGGCAAUUGGUGCUGGUCGGACUGGCAGGCGGGCGUGGCACGCAGCUGUCGAGCGCAGUGCCCGACAGCGGGGUUGCCAGCGGCGGCGACGGGAAAACCGGGUCGCCCGGGCAGCAGCAGCAGGCACCGGCGCCUCCGAGCGACCCGGCGUCUGGUGGUGUUGGUACCAGUGGCGGCAAGGAGCCGUCAGCUGGCGCCCGGAGGAGCGGGACAAGGAGGAGGAGGCUGCAGCAGGCCGGGGCGGGUGCUUGUGCUGCAGGCUCGUACAUCAACCCCGCCACGGAAAUGUGCAUGGCGUGCGGCCCCGGCACCUUCCAACCGGUGUCUGGCACCAACGCCACCGCCUGCCGCCCCUGCCCGCGCGGCUCCUUCACGCCCCUGGCGGGCGCCACCGACUGCAGCGCCUGUCCGCCGGGGCUGUCGUCAAACGAGCCGGGGGCGGCGGACUGUGAGUCGUUGUGGCUGCCGGCGGCGUCACUGCUGGUGUUCGGAUUUGACAGGACGUACGGCACAGCUCCCCGGGUGUUCCUCCGGGACGUGCUGCUUGUGCUGCCUGAUUUGGAGCUGCAGGUUUUGACGGCCUUGGCAAUCGAGCUGUCGGCGGCAUUAUCAAACGCCACUAACAGCAGUAGCAGCAGCCCUGGCACGGGAGGGGCCACGGUGGUUCCUGCCUCGCCAGCUGCACUCGUGACCAGCGCUGCGGUGGCGGCGGCUGUGGAAGCGGUGGCUGGCUCUUAUGCCGAGCAGCUGAGCAGCAGCGGUGGCGGCAGUAGCAGCGGUGGCGGCAGUAGCAGCGGCGGCGGCAGUAGCAGCGGCGACGCCGCGGUGCGAGCCCUUGCGGAGCUGCUGCUUUCAUCGGAGUUUGAGCUGCUUGAAAGCGGAGACGCGACCAACACCAGCACUGGCAGCAAUGACACCAUCAGCAGCAGCAGCAGCAGCAGCAGUGGUGGCGGUGGGCUGGCUGAUGCAGCCGGCGAUCCCCUUGGGGCCGAGCUGGUGCUGCGGCGCGUGGCGUAUGCAGGCGUGCGCGGAGUCAACGUGCGCCUUGCCUCCCGCAGCACAUACUACGCGAAGGAACUGCAGGCGGAGCUCGGCGUCCCAGCCCUGCCUGACAUGCCGCCAGGCGCGCCGAUGCCGCCCACAGCGCCUGCGCUGCCGCCGGACCCGCCGUCCCCGCCCCUCACGCCGCUGCGGCCGCCGGUGCCGCCGCGGCGGCUGCCACCUAGCGUCUUUCAGGACGGCGGCGGAAAGCCGCUCCCUCCUUCUGCAACGACGCAGCCACCGCCCCCGCCAGGGACGCUGGGCACCGGUGGGAGCGGCGGAGCGGGGGCGUCGCCCGCCGCUGCGUCGCCGUCGGCGCCGGGAUCCUCCCUGGUCGGCGAGGGGGUGGGUCCGGGGAGUGGAGGCGCGGCGGCGGGUGCGGCGGCACCAGCUCCGGGCGGCGGCAGUAGCAGCGGAGGCGGGGGCACCGUGUACCUGCAGCCGUGGCAGGCUGGCGUGAUGGUUGCGGGGAUCGUGGUGGGAGUGGCAGUGGCGGCGACGCUUGGUGGCAUCAUCCUGUGGAACAGAUGUGGCCCGCCGCCGAAGGCGGGAGCGCCGCCGCCGCCGCCGCCAGUGCCGAAGCCGCUUGGCGGCGGCGCAGCAGUUGGCGAUGGAGGGCAUGCAGCAGUAGCAGGCACGGCUGUAGCAGGUGGUGCCGGCCGCGGCGCUGCAGCGGCUGGCAGUAGCAUUGAGCUUGUAGACAUGGCUGGCGGACGGGAUGGCACUCGGGCGUGAGGGGCUGGAACAUGCUGUGGCUCGGUUGGUCCUGGGUACUGCACAAGUACUUGGAUGUUUGGGGCUGGCUGGUCUUAGUGAUGGUGGGGGUGCUCGUAAUACUGUGGCUGUUGCGGACGUUUACCAGUGAGAUUGGCGCGAGAUCGGGUCUGAGGGGCGAAGGCGGAAGGCAGCGGAUGCAUCGGAGGUAUCGAGCCAACCAGGCUUUGGCUGGGAACGGAUGCAGCAGGGUCCGGUUGCAUACGCGACAUGGCUAUCAUAAACACCGUUCCAUGCGCAGCCCAUGUGAUUCUCCUAGCGGGGGGGUGGGUGGCAAACUGGCCCCAUAGUUAAUGAGCUGUAAGUGC